AUGACAUUUCAGGAUCAGAAAGAGUUUCUGGAGAUAAAUAAUACGAAAGGGACGGCAUAUUUCAAUUCACUAGUCAUUCCUGUAUUGGCGACCAUUGGAAAGCAAAUAAUGGAUAUCUGGAAACCACUUUUGUUGAUCGGAGAAAGUUUAGUACAUAUCCUACAAAACGACUUAACGGCACAAAUGGUGGACAGGGAUGUCAUGAAUGUGGACACAAUCGACGACUUAUUUGAUGACAGACUUGAAUUUUCAACGCCUAUUCGAGGCAUCGAUUUCCCAACACUGGGAUAAUUUAUUAGCCGACUAUUACUAUCAGGUUUAUCGCGAAAUUAUCGAUGGGAGUGGUAUUCUAGGG